CUCAAUUGAUCUAACAUCACUAGAAGAGAAAUCUAGCCAUGAGUAGAUGCCAAAAGCAGGUCAUGUGUUCAAUUUAUUCAUCUUGUUUCACCUUAGGUCUGAUGACCCUGAAAGAGGAGAGUGAAGUUCUGAACGAAACAGAUGAGAAAUAUAAGCUUGAGAAACAUCACAAGUUCAUACCUGAAGAAAAACCAUUUAGUUGCUCACAGGCUGAAAAGACUUCCCGAAAAAGAGCUCAAAAGACAAGAAGCUGCGAAAAGAAGCAUUUUACCUGUCAACAGUGUGAGAAAAGUUUUAACCUAAAAGGAGACCUUAUCAGACACAUGAGAACUCACACUGGAGAGAAGCCUUACACAUGCCAACAGUGUGGAAACCGUUUCAGUCUGUAUGGAAGCCUUAAAAUCCACAUGAGAGUGCACACUGGAGAAAACCCUUUCACCUGCCAACAGUGUGGAAAGAGUUUCACUCAAAAAGUAAACCUUAUCACACACAUGAGAACUCACACUGGAGAAAACCCUUUCACCUGCCAACAGUGUGGAAAGUGUUUCACUCAAAAAGUAAGCCUUAACAGGCACAUGAGAACUCACACUGGAGAGAAGCCUUACACAUGCCAACAGUGUGGAAAAAGUUUCAGUCAAGAAGGACAUCUUAAAAUCCACAUGAGAAUUCACACUGGAGAAAAGCUGUUCCCCUGCCAAAGGUGUGGUGUAAGUUUUACUCAAAAAGGAAGCCUUGACAGGCACACAAGAAUUCACUCCAGAAAGAAACUUUACACAUGCCCUCAGUGUGGAAGGAGUUUUGAACAACAUGGAAACCUUAAAGUCCACAUGAGAGUUCAUACUGGAGAGAACCCUUUUGCCUGCCAGCAGUGUGGAAAAAUGUUCAACCAAAAAGGAAGCCUUAAACACCACAUGAGAGUUCACAUCGGAGAAAACCCUUUGACCUGCCAACAGUGUGGAAAGAGUUUCACUCAAAAAGGAAGCCUUAUCAGACACACGAGAACUCACACCGGAGAGAAGCCUUACACAUGCCAACAGUGUGGAAAAAGUUUCAGUCUAUAUGGAAACCUUAAAAUCCACAUGAGAGUUCAUACUGGAGAGAAGCCGUUCACCUGCCAACAGUGUGGAAAUAGUUUUAAUCAAAAAGGAAGCUUUAUCAGACACAUGAGAACUCACACCGGAGAGAAGCCUUACACAUGCCAACAGUGUGGAAACAGUUUCAGUCUAUAUGGAAACUUUAAAAUCCACAUGAGAGUUCACACUGGAGAGAAGCCGUUCACCUGCCAACAGUGUGGAAAUAGUUUUAAUCAAAAAGGAAGCCUUAUCAGACACAUGAGAACUCACACCGGAGAGAAGCCUUACACAUGCCAACAGUGUGGAAAUGGUUUUAAUAAAAAAGGACACCUUAACAGGCACAUGAGAACUCACACUGGAGAAAAGCUGUUCCCCUUCCGAAGGUGUGGUGUAAGUUAUACUCAAAAAGGAAGCCUUAACAGGCACACAAUUCACUCCAGAAAGAAACUUUACACAUGCUUUCAGUGUGGAAGGAGUUUUGAACAACAUGGAAACCUUAAACACCACAUGAGAGUUCACACUGGAGAAAACCCUUUCACCUGCCAACGGUGUGGAAAGAGUUUCACUCAAAAAGUAAUCCUUAUCAGACACAUGAGAACUCAUACCGGAGAGAAGCCUUACACAUGCCAACAGUGUGGAAACAGUUUCAGUCUAUAUGGAAACCUUAAAAUCCACAUGAGAACUCAUACUGGAGAGAAGCCUUACACCUGCCAACAGUGUGGAAAUGGUUUUAAUCAAAAAGUAAGCCUUAUCAGACACAUGAGAACUCACACUGGAGAGAAGCCUUACACAUGCCAACAGUGUGGAAACAGUUUCAGUCUAUAUGGAAACCUUAAAAUCCACAUGAGAACUCAUACCGGAGAGAAGCCUUACACCUGCAAACAGUGUGGAAAUGGUUUUAAUCAAAAAGGAAGCCUUACCAGGCACAUGAGAACUCACACCGGAGAGACAGAGUUUCAAUCAGCUUUAAAACCUUAAAGUCUAUAUGAGAAAUCAAAGGCUGCAUUUACGCUUGUCAUUAACAUGCGACUUGUAUCUGGAUGUUGUCCACAUACACAUUGAAAAGACAAGUGUAAACGCACUUCUUGAUUGGAAUGCUAUCCGGUCAGCGUGUCCUGGUCCAGAGGUAGUCGAGGACGCAUUGUGAUCAGCUCUCAGUGUAAUGUAAACGCAAUCCAGCCAUCGAGUCUGCAUUCGCAGGUCAACGUCACGCAA